GCGCGUGCGGGUCGCGGAGGCGCCGCCGCUGCCGUCACCGCGUCCCGAGCUGAGCCGCCCGGCUGCGGGCUGCGCGCUGGCCAGGCCGCGCGCGGGGGCGCGGGGGCGCGAAGGUCCUGAGCUCCGGGAGGUGCAGGCCGCAGAAGGCCAAGAAGGAGCCGCAUUUUCAGGAACGCCCGCCGGAGCGCGCAGGUGCACGUAGGUGAGCGAGCAUCAUGGCUGAUGGGAAGACCAAGGUUGCCAAGGCUGCCAACAGGACACCCCCCAAAUCCCCAGGGGACCCCAAUAAGGACAGGGCAGUCAAGAGGCUGUCGCUGGAGUCUGAGGGUGGUGCCGAGGGAGUGGCCGCAGCAGUCCCAGAACUGAGUGCCCUGGAGGAGGCCUUCCGGCGGUUUGCAGUGCACGGAGAUACCAGGGCAUCUGGGAAGGAGAUGCAUGGCAAGAACUGGUCCAAGCUGUGCCGGGACUGCCAGGUGAUUGAUGGGAAGAAUGUAACAGUCACUGACGUGGACAUCGUCUUCAGCAAGAUCAAGGGAAAAGGUUGCAGGACCAUCACCUUUGAGCAGUUCCAGGAAGCCCUUGAGGAGCUGGCCCGCAAGCGCUUCAAGGACAAGAGUGCAGAGGAAGCUGUGCGUGAGGUGCACCGGCUGGUGGAAGGCCGUGCGCCCAUCAUCUCGGGGGUCACGAAAGCUGUCUCCUCACCCACCGUGUCCCGACUCACCGAUACCACCAAAUUUACUGGCUCCCACAAGGAGCGCUUCGACCCAUCGGGCAAGGGCAAGGGCAAGGCUGGCCGCGUGGACCUGGUGGACGAGUCAGGCUAUGUGCCUGGCUACAAGCACGCAGGCACCUAUGAUCAGAAAGUGCAGGGGGGCAAGUAAAGCGGCUGCCCCCGCCCCACACCCAGGGUCCUAUUGCUGGCCGCGUCGUGUCACCUUCGUUACAUUCCUGUGCUCAUCUGGGCAGAACUGACGCUUCCCGGAGGUUAAGGGUGGGGUGCCGUGGGGUGCAGCCCCAGAAACCCCACCUCAUACCCUGGGCUGGUGCCCCGACUCACCUGUCUCUCUUGCCUGCCUCGUCCAGUGCAUCCAAGUUGUCCCUGGGCCCUGCCACCCUGGCCGUUGUCUGCAGGGAAUGGCAGUGUUUGUGAGCUGGCAGGUGUGGGGAUAAGGGAUACACCCGAAUGGAGGCCACCCUGACCCUUCAGGAGCUAACACACUAACAGCACAAAGGGACGUGGGCAGUGUCUGACCCCUAAGGCAAAGGUUCUGCAGCCAUGGACAGUAGGGCCUGCAGGCACACGUAUGUGCACAGCUGCAGGCCAGUCUGUGUGGAAAGACUUGUCCCGUACCCCCAGGGCUGAGUCUUGGGCAGCCAGUUGCUUGGGGCUGGCUCCUCCUGCCCUGGGCCUUGGUCGGUUCCCACCUGGGUGGUUUUUCCCUCUGAAUUCACCCCGUCCCGAAUCCUGCAGGACACCCCACACCUGAAGCAGGCAGGACCCCAGGGCCAGCAGUGCAGGUUUUCCCACCAUGGUGGUUCCUAUGGAAACUGUCCAUUUAUACAGACAGCCACAGCCUCAUGUAUGCCCUGACAGUGUGAGGGAUGCCUCCUCCUGUGAGCUGCUGGGCCACUGCUGAUUGUGCAGGGCAGACUGCCACUGCAUGUGACACUGCCUGGUCCUCUUAUGAGUGGGCACCUGGCCACCACCACCUGAGCAGAGCAGUCCUCUGCAUGGACUUCUGCAGGUAGCUCAGGUCAAGCAGGUGACUAUGCCUCAAGACCCCUCCCUGGCCGAUGCAGUGUUAGUGACCCAACCACAGCCUAGGCCUGGGGAAGAGCCUAGGCACAUUGGACCCUGAAGUCACUUCUUUCCUUUCAUUCCCACCUCUCUGCCUGUCCUGGUUCCUCCUGGAGCCAACCACCCCUGGGGCAUGUGAGGAUGCUGGGUCUUGGCGAGAGAACCCAGCCCACAGGCAGGCCCCACCCCAGGCAGCUGACCCAGGUCUAGAUGAAACAGCCCUGAGCAGAAGGCUCACCAUGUCCAGCUGGAGUGCACAUCUUGGGCCAGACCCCACCCUUUCCCCACAAUGCAUUUUCCUGGCUGCAGCUGUCCCAGGGUUCUGAGGGGAGCAGAGUAUGUGUGGUCAGUCCCCUGGUGGCCCACCCCCACACAUGCCCACAUGGCUCUUAGCGCACAGACCUGAGCAGGCAGCUAUUGGUUUCCAGGGCUGCUCUGACCACCUGCUGCAGGUCCCUCAGUGCUGCCAUCAUGCAGCGGAGUAUUUGUGCUGUGUGCAUGUCUAACCUGGUCACAACAGCCAAAGCAUGAGCAAGUAACCCUUUUGCAGCCUGGGAGAUGGGGCCAGGCUGCUCUGCAGGAGUGCAGGAGACACAUGGAUUCUGUGCUCAGAGCAUGUGGAUUCCAUGGUCAGACUGCGUGGAGCUCAUGAUGAAAGUGUGUGGAUUCUGUGGCCAGAGUUUGUGGACCGUGACCAGAGUGUAUGGUUUCUAUGCUGGGAGUGUGUGAAUUCUAUGCUCACAGCAUGUGGAUUCUGUGCCAGGUGUAGAUUCAUGUGUGGCAGGGUGGCUCCAUGCCUGCUCCACAGCAAGGGCCUCAAACACACUGGAGUACUUCUGCUCUCUCCACGACCCUGUCCCUAAGUCACAACAAAUGCAAGUGGUAUGGUACCUCCCUGCAUGCCUGCUGGCCCCCAUCCUGGGCCAGGGCCUCUGCAGCACCUGUUUAAGGUUCCUCGAAUGCACAACUGGAGCAGAGGGCUGACGUAGAAGUCAGGGCCCUCAAUACCCAAAGCAUUUGCCGCUGUCUCUGCCCCCAGAGCCUGCUGUCCUGGGAGGCCAUUUCUUCCUACUGCCUGUGCCACAUGGACAGCCUGUUGCCUGCCCACAUAGUGCAGGGGAACAGGCAGACUGUGAAACUCGGAGCUGAGGUGUCCUCCAGACAACCUCAACAGCGACCGACUACUGAAGCCCGACACUGUGGGGAGCCCUGGCAGGUGCUCUGCCAUGCAGAGGGUGCUCCCACUCUCUUCCCAGUGGGACAACCACUGCCGGCCUGGAGCAGGUUCUUUCUGAGAAAGGGAAGCCAGGUCAUGCAGAGAUGCACUCUAGUUUUGCACUGUUCUGUCAGCGCUGCAAAGCCCUGAGUCUGUCACUUGGUCCUUGUGGCAGGCCCUGUCCGCGUCAGGCAUACACCCUCCAGUAGCACUGAGGGUCUCUCCCAGGGUGUGAGGUGUCGUGCCACCAGUUGGACUUGUGCCCGGGUCUCGCUUGCAGCCCUCAGUGAAAUAGCUUGUGUCUGCACAUCGCUCCUUGUGUUUGCUGCUAGCGCAUCGUGUCAACUGGUCAAAUGAUGUAUUAAAGGUGUCACAACCUG